CUGGGUUGAGAUGAGCCAAGGAGUCACAACAAACCACCACCGUGACAUUCUGAGACACUCCCUGACAGACUCCUUGAAAGACACUUAAUCAAGCCCGGGGAGAGGAGGUGUCCAACAUAAAACCCAAGAGACAAGUGCAGGAGGCGAGCUAAUACAAUACAAAGCAGAAAGGAUAACAAGAAGAAGGAAGAGAGAGAGAAGACCCGAGGGGGCAUUCAGGCAGUCAUUGCGCACAGACUCGUCCUCCUCUUGACUGACCAAGGGCUGCAGGGGAUGAGCACAGCCUCACUCUAAUAAGGGAGAAGUGAAAUCUAUACAGCAAGAUGGACGAUGAUCUGCCCACACAGUAUGAGGUGAUUGUGGUAGGCACAGGGCUGGUGGAGUGUGUGGUUGCAGCAGCAGCAGCACGUGUUGGUAAGAAAGUGCUUCAUAUUGAUAAGAAUGACUACUAUGGGGUCCAGUGGGCAUCAUUUACCUUGAAAGGGGCCCAGCAAUGGGUGGAUGAGGUCACAGCCACACCUGCCCCAACCCCUCCAGGGGAUUGUGAGCUGGAAGAAGGGGAGCAGCUUGUUGGAGUGGCCAACCCAUCUGUAGACUACUCUGGAGUGAAGCAGACCUGGCAUGUCCCAAAGGAACCACUACCGAGUCCCUCACCAGAGCCUGCUUCAGCUGCUCCAGUUGAGCAAGUUGUCCCAGUAGAAGGCAGUGGUGGUGAGAACACACAGCUGAUGGGCACACCAGACACUCCACCAGCCACACCUCAGGACACAACACAAAGUAUAGUACCAGUCACACCUCAGGAUGCAGUGCAGGAUAAGCCUCAGGACACAGCACAAGAUGCAGUGGAGGCCACAGCACAGGAAAUGUCUCCAGCUGAACAAAGCCAAGAUAGUUCAUCAACAAAAUCUGAAAAGGAGGAAAGUGGAAGGAAGAAAGAGUGGUCUCAGGAAGAACUUUUGAAACUUAGUAGAAAAUUCAACCUGGACUUGGCCCCCAAGCUGCUGUAUUCCCAGGGCCCCAUGGUGGAGCUCCUCAUAUCCUCCAACAUUGCCAGAUACGUGGAAUUCAAGUGCAUUUCCCGGGUGUUGACCUGGCGUGGAGGAGACGAUGGCAGCCUGUUGGUGGUGCCGUGUUCCCGCAGCGAUGUUUUCACCACCUCUGCUGUCUCUCUGGUGGAGAAACGCCUUCUCAUGAAGUUCCUUGAGUUUUGCCACCAGUAUGAUCGUCACCCAGAGCAACUGGAGGAACACCUUGACAAACCCUUCGUGGACUUCCUUCGCUCCAGGAAGCUGACCGACAACCUCAUCCACUUUGUGACGGAAGCCAUUGGCAUGGUUGGAGAAGGGGCCGGGUGCAGGGAGGGACUGGAGCGCACCCGAGCCUUCCUCACCAGCCUGGGCCGUUAUGGGACCACUCCAUUCCUCUUCUCCAUGUAUGGCAGUGGAGAGUUGCCUCAGGCGUUCUGCAGAUUAUGUGCUGUGUUUGAGGGUAUCUACAUUCUGCGCAAGCCUAUCUCCUCCCUGGUGGUGGACUCAUCUUCUCAUACCUGUUUGGGUUUGCUGUCAGAAGGGCAAAGGUUCACUUGCAACCACCUGGUAAUGAGUGCCUCUCAUGCACCCAGAGAGUAUCUCCCUCAGGAUGAGUCAACUCUAGGGGUGUCACGUGCUGUCUUCCUCACUGACAGGUCGAUCUUGCCAGACGAGAAGGAACAGCUGACAUUGUUGCGUGUCCCUGCCAAGGAAGGCAACAUGAUUCCAGUCACUGUGAUGGAGGUGGGACCUGGGACUCAUGUGUGCCCCAAGGACUUGUACUGUGUACACAUGACCUGCCGAGGGACUGAUGCAGAGAGUGACUUGCGGGUGGCCGUGGAGCGCCUACUGACCACGGAGACAGAUGACACCAGCAGCAAGCCAAGAAUAGUGUGGAGCCUCUACUUCAACCAGGUUGACCGCAGUGUGUGUGAUCUAAAGACUAAUGCGCCAGGAAACCUUUACCUGUGUCCUGGACCCAACACUGAUCUGGACUAUGAUUUAGCUAUUGAACAGGCUCGAUCAAUCUUUGGGAGCAUGUUCCCUGGAGAGGAGUUCCUACCUCGUGCCCCAGAUCCAGAGGAGAUCGCCUUUGACAACCAAGGAACAGAGCCUAAGCAGGGAGACACCUUUGAGGGGGAUGCCAACUCUGAAGGGAAGAGUGAUGGUGGCAAUGGCCAGGAAAAGGAAGCAGAGGAAACAGAACAGGUAUUAGAAGUUAAGGAACAGACUGAAAAGGAGCAAGAAAAAGGAGAAACAGCUAAGGAGCAGGAUGAAAGUGAAGUGGUGGAAGAGUAAGUUGAAGGUGGCAGGCAGUGAGUAGUGGAAGGGUAGCACUGCCAGAACAGAAGUCCUUUAAUAUCUUCAUAUGUGAAGACCACUGAAAGAACCCAUCUAAACCUUGUGUGUUUGUUUGUUUGUUUGUGUGUGUGUGUGUGUGUGUGUGUGUGUGUGUGUGUGUGUAUUUAUGACGAAAUAAUGAAAAUAAAAGUAAAUAAGUAUGCUAAUGCUACUUCACUAUUCUAAAAUCCACCAUGACUUUCUAAAGCUCCAGAAGGCCUUGAUGUCUCGUGGAAAUACAUAUUUAAUAGGGAGAUGACAGGUAUAGUUUCCAUUGGUUUUAUUGCAUAAAUUAAAUGUAUUUUUCUGAUGUAAUACAUUGUGCACUGUGGAAAAUGUAGAAAACUAAAUUAAAAUUAUCAGUUGGUAUGCACACACCCACAGAUUUCAAUUAUGAGGGGCAAAUUUAGUAUGUUUCCUUGAGGGAGAGCCAAACAUUGUGCCCUAAAUAUUGCAUAGAUACUUGAUUUGUAGGAACCGAUAUUAUGUGUGCAUGUGAGAACAUUCCAAGGCACAGCUAUGGUGUCAGGAGUGAGAGCAAAGAAUUGCCUGUACUUGAGGUGUCUUAUGCUUGAAUUGCAGCCUUGAGCCUGGUGAGGUUUUCCAUUGACUGAAGAGCUUUCAUUAGGAAAAUGUUAAGCUAUUGUUGCACGUGACUCAGCAUCGAUAUAUGUAUGUGUGUGUGAAUUUCCUUCUUUCAUUCGUGUAAAUAACCAGCUUUUAGUACUUAAUGGUUUACUAUUUAUUAAUUGAUGGGAAGGUAAAUGGAAGAACAGACAGCUCACUUAUUUGUAAACUAUUUUGUUUGUUUUGAAAAUUACUUCCCUCUCUCCUUGUCCAUUAUAACGUUUUGAAAACAUUCCUCUCUCUCUCUCUCUCUCUCUCUCUCUCUCUCUCUCUCUCUCUCUCUCUCUCUCUCUCUCUCUCUCUCUCUCUCUCUCUCUCUCUCUCUCUCUCUCUCUCUCUCUCUCUCUCUCUCUCACUCUCUCUCUCUCUCUCUCUCUCUCAUACAUGAAGGAUACAUUACUAUACCCACAACUAAUUGUGAUAACACAGUAAACACUAUAGGUAUUUAAUUGAUGAUCCUGUUUGUGGCAUUACUUGGUGAACAUUGCUUGAUGGAAGUCAAGUGUGUUUACAGUUUGUACACAGUACAGCUUAUAUGUCCUUAUUUAAAUAAAAAGCUUUAACUGAA